GCUGUGUUGUUAUCAAUUUUUUCAAUAGUUUGAGCGUGUUUAAAGUUUCUCUCCUCGUAACUUUAUCAAAUUGACGCGUCGAAACAUGUCAUGAUCGCCCAUUUACCGCGUCUCUACCGUAUUUAAUAUCCAACGCUAGUGGAACUCUACGAGUGUGAGCAUUUCUCAAGAAUGGAUAAUUCCAGUGAAAAUUUUCAUUACGUUUACAGCUGCUCCCUUGAAGCCAAAAUUCAAAUUAAAGUCGGAACUUUGGAAGGUGUGAUUCUUAAGCCAGAAUAUGAUAAAAUGCUUGCUGAUCCAAUGCUAAAAUUCUCUGGUCUCUAUCAACAAUCAUGCGCGGACUUGAUGGUUGUAUGCCAAGUAUUCUCAGAUGGCGAUCCUCUUUCCUUACCCAUAUCAACACCGUAUAAAUCUUUUACAAAUAGAUGGAACUGGAAUAAAUGGCUUGAACUUCCUCUCAUGUUCAGCGAUUUACCUCGUCAUGCCCAGCUUGCACUAACCAUCUAUGACUGCGGAGGAUCUGCUUCUAUCAUGCCAGUCGGAGGCACCACUAUUUCUCUUUUUGGUAAGCAUGGUGUCUUUAGACAAGGUAUGUUGGACCUGAGAGUUUGGCCAAAACAAGUAGCUGAUGGAAACUAUCCAAGCAAAACUCCCGGGAAACCACAGGAUGAUGAUAAAGAACAUAAGCAAACACUAGCUAAAUUAGCUAAGAAACAUCAUAAUGGUCACAUGUUAGAGGUUGAUUGGCUGGACCGACUGACUUUCCGGGAGAUAGAAAUAAUAAAUGAAAAGGAGAAAAAGUGCUCUAAUUACAUGUACCUUAUGGUAGAAUUUCCAACAGUGGUGUAUGAUAACAUUGUACAUUCGGUGGUUUACUACGAGCAAGAUGGUGAUGAGCUGUAUCAGUUUCGUGUGCAAGCAGAUCUAGUCACAGUACCUGACCCCGAAGUUUUGCAGGAGAAUCUUGUUGAAAAUAAACACCAUAAGCUGGCAAGAAGCGUGCGUAGUGGAAUUUCUGAUAAAGAUGCCAAACCUAAUGCAACAGUUAGAGACUUGCUACACACAAUCAUUGGAUACCCUCCAACAAAGCAGCUGACUACCGAGGAAGAAGAUCUUAUCUGGAAAUUUCGUUUUUAUCUAUGCAACCACAAAAAAGCUCUCUCCAAAUUUUUAGAAUGUGUCAAUUGGAGAUCAAACACCGAGGCCCGGCAAGCAUUAGAUUUGUUGCAGCAGUGGGCUCCUAUGGACAUCGAGGAUGCCCUACAACUUCUGAGCCCAGCAUUUACACAUCCAGCUGUCCGCCGCUAUGCUGUCACUCGUUUACAACAUGCGUCAGAUGAUGAUCUUUUCCUGUACCUUCUUCAGCUUGUCCAAGCUUUGAAGUAUGAAAGUUUCGAUGACAUAAAUGAAGCAUAUAAAAAAAUUAAGGCUAGAGAUACUGCAUCUGAUACAUCUCUAAGUGGGGCUCAUGACGAAUCAGUGAUGAAAGACAGCACAAUACCUGCUGUUAAAAGUUUUAAGAUUUAUCAAGAAACUGAUUGUCCCAACAUGGAAAUGGAUUUGAGUAUGUUCCUUAUCCAUCGAGCUUGCCGAAAUUUUACGCUAGCCAAUUACUUCUACUGGUACUUAACUAUUGAGUGUGAGGAUCAAGAUACUACUGUAAAGCAAGAUUUGCGAACUAGAGAAAUGUAUAUGACUGUCAUGACAAUUUUUAUGCAAACUUUAAAGCAAGGAAGUCUUGAGUGGCAAAAGCGGCAAUUGUAUUUAACAAGGCAGCAAGUUUUUAUUGAUAAUUUAGUGGAACUUGUUAAAAAAGUAGCCAGAGAAAGUGGAAAUCGGAAGAAAAAAAUGGAUAGAUUACAGGCUCUUCUAUCUAAUCAAGAACCGUUUCGAAUGAAUUUUCUCAAUUUUGAACCUCUGCCUUUACCUUUAGACCCAAAUGUCCUCAUCAAAGGUAUCAUUCCUCAAAAAGCAAUUCUUUUUAAAUCAGCUCUAAUGCCUUCGCGUCUUUCAUUCUUGACUGUAGAUGAUAAUGAAUAUGUGGCAAUUUUUAAACACGGAGAUGAUCUACGUCAAGAUCAAUUAAUUCUUCAAAUCAUUACUCUAAUGGAUAAACUUCUCAGAAGUGAAAAUUUAGAUCUGAAGUUAACACCUUACCGUGUUUUGGCCACAAGUACUAAGCAUGGUUUUGUUCAAUUCAUUGAAUCUGUGCCUGUUGCUGAAGUUCUUGCGACAGAAGGCACCAUUCAAAACUUUCUCAGGAAACGGCACCCCAGUGAAAGUGGCCCUUUCGGCAUUUCUGCCGACGUAAUGGAUACUUAUGUCAGAAGCUGUGCUGGUUACUGCGUUAUUACCUACCUGUUGGGUGUAGGAGAUCGUCACUUUGAUAAUUUGAUGUUAACAAACAAUGGAAAGUUGUUUCAUAUUGAUUUUGGUUACAUUCUUGGCCGUGAUCCAAAACCUCUUCCUCCUCCCAUGAAACUCAGCAAAGAAAUGGUAGAAGCUAUGGGUGGUAUUAAUUCAGAACUUUACCACGAGUUUCGUAAACAGUGCUACACGGCCUUCCUUCAUCUAAGAAGACAUUCCAAUUUAAUUUUGAACUUAUUCUCACUCAUGGUGGAUGCUAGUGUUCCAGACAUUGCUCUGGAGCCAGACAAAGCCGUCAAGAAGGUACAAGAUAAAUUUAGACUUGACCUUGGAGACGAAGAAGCCAUUCAUCACUUGCAGAAUUUACUUGAUCUCUCAGUCACAGCUGUUAUGGCUGCUUUAGUGGAGCAGUUUCAUAAAUUUGCUCAGUAUUGGAGAAAAUAAGUGUGCAAAAUGUGAUUUUUGGGUCAUCUGUGCUUUUCUGCUGCCACAAAAACAAUACAAAUCAUUAAUUUUCCUCAACUUCCUACAGUUCCUAAAAAUUGGCAUGUACCUACUUCUACUUAUCAAGAGACCCUGAAUGUGAUAAGAUAAAGUGGCCCUUGUUGUUUUAGACUUUUCAUUAUCAUCAGUCACGUGAAACAUGUAAGAUAAUAGUAAUUGACCUCUAUUUUUUAUGACGUAGCUCAUUUGCGGUCAUUAUUUUGAUUAAAUUGAACUCAGACUUUUAAAUAAAUUAUAGUGCCUACUCAGUGUGUUUUUCCAA